CUUACAUCGUUUACAAGUUCUUUUCGUAUUUAAUUUGAAAAUCAAGAUCACAACAGUGGAAGGACUGAUUGUCGUCGUCUGUCCAUCUCCACGCAUAGUAGUUCUUCUUAUUCAACAACAGUGACAGAUUAUGUAAACCCCAUGCCGUUCUUAUAUAUUCUUUUUGUCAAUCUGACAGGGUCCUCACGGUCAUCAUGAUGUUGCAGCCUGUUCAGCUAAAAGCAGAAGUCCACCAUUGGCAAGAACGCACUUGGCAGUGGCGGGCCUGAGCAGAAACUCUUCCGUCUACAAGUACAGUAGAUCUCCUCCACGGUCUGAACAAACGGGCUUCAUCUGCAAUAAAUUGCCUGACAGCCGCUCACGACCAUGCUGCCCCCGGUCCGGCACCGCACCCAGAUGGGGGACAUUUUGUCCUGGGCUGGCGGACGCGCGGAAAGCCCGUCAAACCCUGCCAACUACAACCCCGCGGCUGCGCCACAAAUACUAGCGCCGAUGAACCAGAACCAGCCCCAGGUGGUCGGCAUGCCGCCCCAGUUCGCGUUCAACCAGAAUAACAAUAAACCCAGCUACCCGAACAGCUUCUCCAACCCCAAUCCCAACCGCGAUCUGAAUCCACAAAACAACCGACUGCAGCAAAUUGUACCCGCCACACAAGGUGCUGGAAAUGUGCUGAACAACCGGCAGCAGCUGCAACCAGUUCCACCACCGAACCCGCCGUCCGGUGGAGGAGGGCCAGACAGAGGUCCAGAGCAGAACAGGAAUAUUAACUACCCGCAAAUCCAGCAAAACGCGGACUUUCUCGCUAAGCCCUUUUCCGAGGACAACCAGCAACUAAGCCACGACCUCGCCGUGCAGAACACGGGCCUGCAAAACCAGAUCUUCUCGCUGGAGCGGGUGUGCCGCCUGCUGACCGACCGCGUGACGUUCCUGGAAAACAAAGCGAGUAAUAUCCUGUGCAAAAGUAUCGUACUCGUAUUGCAAAGAUGCAUUACAAAUCCUUUUCUUAAGGUCAGUCCGCAUUACAAAUUUUAUUUCUCAUGCUGAGGAAAUUUGUAAUGCAUUUAUACGACGAGUGGGUGCGAUACUUUUGCAGUUCAUAAGUAACGUCAGCCAGCAACUCGACGAGCGGGCACGGACAGACGCGGAGAUCCUUAUGCAUUGCAAAUAUGUCUGGGUCUGGAAGAUGGCAACUUGUAAUGCUGUCUCAGGAUGCUAAAAAAAUUUGUAUUGCAUGACCAGCAGAAGGAGUCCAGUUUGUGCUACGCGGGGAGGGAAUUUCUCAUGCGGAAUAUGCGUCGGGAAGCCCUCUGCAAAUCUGUGAUGCUAGAGCAUGCAUUACAGGCAUCAUGGGUCAUGCACAAUAUACAUGACAAACCUGGCUGCAAUCUUCCAGACCCAGAUGACAUGUUUGCAUUUGAUAAUCCUGCGCAAGGUGCAACUACAGGUCCGAGACAUUCAGGAAGGGCAGAGUGGCUUCGUCAAAGACGUGGCUGGUAUGCUUAUUGUAGUAUACCGUCACGCAUGACAAAACAUCUUUUCUAUUUUGAAAUAACUAUAACUUCUCCAAAUCGCAACUUUUCUGUUCGCUAAAAUUUCUGUGAUGCGUUUUCUAGUUGUUGUAGGUCUACGUGUACUUGUACGCUAGUUUUCGCAAAAAUGCCUACUAGAAGUCUACGUUACAACUUACCAGUUUCGCGCACAACAACAUACAAAUAAACCCUACAACAGGGAAGCUCACCCAGCACGAAGAGCAGAACGUGCGAUCGGAGAGGGACCAGGCUGCUGUGCGCGAAUCUGUCCGGGGGUUACAGAAUGACUUUCGCGAUUUCGCCGUGCAGUCUGUCUACCGUCAGCGCCAGGAGACAGAACAGUUGAUAAAAAACCAAUUCGCAAAACACCAGUUUCAGGUAUGAUACUUUGAUGUAGAGUAGCUCUUGUAGAAGUGCAGUACUAGAAGUACUUACCGCAUGCUACUAACUUCGCAGCUGUAGUUGUCGUCGAUCAUAUUGAGCAAUGAAGGCGACCUCGAAGAUCAUGGUGCUUUUGGCACUUGCGUUGCCGUGGAUGAUGAGUUGCAUCUUUCGAGAUGAUUUCCAUGAUCGCCAGGAUGCUUACCGCGACAGUCGCGUGUUAAGUACGUUCUACGGUUCAAUUCCAAUUCUAUUCCCAGGAAAACGACGCCCGCGCGGAGCUGAAGCGGCAGCAAGAGGAGCUCGCGGAGGGUAUAAGCCGGGUCAACAACACGCUGGAGGAUUUGGACACCAAUGCGGCUGCGUUUAAGCAAGACGCCCGGGCUAUCAAAUGUAAAAAUGUCUGGGUCUGGAAACUUGUGAUGCUGGGCGCCGUCUCAUGAGGAAGCGACAAAUGCUGGCUCAGCAUGACAAGUUUCUGAGCUCCUAGGUGUUGCCUAUUCUGCAUGACAAACUGCGCUUUUGCAUCACAGAAAAACGGAGCUCUUGGGUAACGUGCAUGACAGAUCUAAGAGUCAUGCCAGACAAGCAUGACAAACAUGAAUUCUUCCAGACCCAGACAUUUUUACAAUCCAUACGGGCGCGGAUCGUGAAUCUCGAAAACGCGAUUCUCUGCAAGGAAGGCGAUGUCGGGGAGUAUCAAAUGCAAAUAUAUCUGGGUCUGGACAAAUGCAACUUGUGAUGCUAGCUUUGGAUCCUAAAAGAGUCUGUCUUGCAUGAGCAGCAAGAGGAGACCAUUUUUCGCUACGUGGAGAGGGCGUUUCUCAUGCGGAAUAGGCAUGAAGACGCCCUCAAAAAACCUGUGAUGCUGGGGCAUGAAUCACAGACAUCAAGGGUCAUGCAAAAAGGGCAUGACAAACCUCGCAUCCUUCCAGACCCAGACAUAUUUGCAAUGCAUAGGGAGAGCGGCGAGCCGAAACUCGGCGGCUUCGCCUUCCGAGAACACGUGGAGCAGUUGCGAGUACUUAUUUGUUUUCACAACUAGGGUGCUACAUGUACAUUUUCAUAUCCGUUGUACAUCGUGAUCGUGUUCGUGGCCCUCGUCCUCGUCACGUCGUUGGGUUAUUUAUCUUUGCAGUCAAUCUUCAUCUUCUUGCCAUGUUCUUGGAGUAGACCUUGGUCUUGCAAUGCAGAGCGAUAGACCUCCUCAUUGGCCUGGAUGUGUGUGGUGGCAUAUCAUUUUUCUACAUUGAAAUGCUUUAUCCCUCAACAACUUUCCUUCUAGGCUCAAGUCGCGCAAAUGGCGAAGGACUUCACAGAGAACGUGAUCGAGAACGAAAACGAAAAGAAGAUUCGCAAUGUAUCAAAUGGAAAAAUCUUCCCUCCCCAUAUCAAAACGAAAUUUCUGAUGCUGGAUUUGGAUACACAAAUCAAAUUUGUAUUGCAGUAGAGAAAUACACGCAGAUCCUGAGCCGAGGUGGGGGCCUUUUGGUGUAGGCGCCUAACAUGGCAGACGGCUACCCUGUAGGCCUUACAGCAUUACAAAUCGCCUGCAUGACGUGGCGGACAGCCUGAGCGUGCCUUCUUGCAAGACAGACCCGAUGCGUGGUCACAAAUCAGCAACGCAAGUUUUCGGAAGCAUACCUUUUCGAUAUGGGGAGGGGGGAUUUUGCCUUACGAUGCAACGCCGUGAUUCGGGAGUACGAAGAGAAAAUUGCGAAUCUGAACACGGACCUCUCGCAGCAGAAGCAGGAACUGUUAACCCUGUUCGAGUAUCAAAUGUAAAAGUGUCCGGGUCUGGAAGAUUUUGAGAUUUGUCAUGCUUGUCUGGAAUGACCAAAAAGUUUUUGACGCGUGUCCAAGAAGAGACCCUUUGUUCUUUUGCCUGUCAUGCAAAAACGCAGUUUGUCAUGCGAAAAACGCAACACAACGAAGCGCAGAUAUUUCUCAUGCUUGUCUGUGCAUGACAUCAGAGCAUUCACUAUUCCUAACGCAGCAUUACAAGUUUCCAGACCCAGACAUUUUUGCAGUUGAUAUCGAGCAGCGCCAGGAGGUGAUGCAGUCGAAGAUAGAGAUAUCCUGUGUAAAAACGUCCCCACGACCCCAUAGUCAAGUUGGGAAAUCUGCAAGACAAAUCGACACGCUUUGGCUAUUACGCAUGACAGGAUUUUUGGCCUCGUAGCCUAGGCCUGUGUGGCUAGUGCAGUAGCGUCACAGAUCUAGCUUAUUAUGCUGAUUCAAGCAUCACAAAUUCCGAAUACACACAGCUAGAAAAUGCUUCGCAUGGUGCUCCGCAUGAGAAACAUUUUCAGCAUGCCGAUUUGCAUGACAACUUCUAUGGGGUGGAGACUCGUUUUUACAUAGGAUAAGAGAUGGAAAAGCACGAGAUUCUCGCCAAGCAGGCCGAGAUGCGAGAGGAGCUGCAAGGCGUGGACAGUCUGAACGCGGUUUCGAUUUCGGACAUUGAGUUGAAAACCAUGAACAACUUGGACCUGUUCAAAAAACGGGAGGAGGCCGAGCGAGACGCCUUGCGCCAGGUCGUGGACUCGAAACUGAAUCAGGUGAAUUUCUUGUGAUGCGGAUUGACGGAUUUACAAAAGGAAAUUGCACACCAGCGACUACUACUUUAACCUAGCUUCAAGUUCAAACCGCAUUUCUUAAAUCCACCUUGGUAUACUUGCACAAGAAGAGAAGUCAUGGGCUUAUGCGAAGAAAGUUGAAAUAUCCACCACAGGUUGUCGGGCAAAUCGCGCGAACAGAGACGCUGCGACAAGACGGGCUGACGGUCUUGUACGAGAAAAUAGACGAUUUUCAGAACAAGCAGCUCGAGACUGUGAAGGAAAUCCGGGGGGAAGUGCACGAGAACAUACGCGACGUCCAGGUAAGAUUUUUUGUGGUGAUCUGUAAUGCCGAACGUGCAUGAGGACACUGUAUCUGUAAUGCCGAACGUGCAUCAGGACACUCUUUUUUCCGCGUUGUACUCGCCGUGCGCAUGGCAAAAUUAAUAAUAAAUCGAUUGCUCACCCCCUUUUUACCUUCCCGCAAAAUCAGACUCUGUUCAAGGACGAGAUGCGACACCGCAUGGAGACGGAGCGAAAAAUGACGGAGUCCGUGCGGGAAGUAGUGAAGAACCUGUCCCAGUCGCAGGCCACGGCUUUCGAGCAGCUGUCCGACCGGAUCCGGUAUCAAAUGCAAAAAUGUCUGGGGCUGGAAGGUUCUGAGACUUGUCAUGCAGAUUUUGCAUGACCCAGGAUGUCUGUAAUGCGCGCCCUCGCAUCACAGGUUUUUAGAGGGCUUCCUGAUGCCUACUCCGCAUGACAAACGCCCUCCCCGCGUAGCACAAACUAGACUCCUCCUGCUGGUCAUGCAAUACAGAUUUUUUUGGAGUCCAGAGUUAGCAUCACAAGCUCCAACCUUCCAGACCCAGACACUUUUGCGAUUGAUAUACGGCUGCUGUCCGAGACGCUGGGCGAGUCCCGCAAGGAGUCUUCCGAGCGCGCGGAGCGCAUGUCGCGGUAUGUGGACGAGGUCGUCGCGAAGUGGCGGCUGGACUACGGACGCCAGUGCGAGCUCCACGAUACGCAGAUGCUCCAGCUGGAGGCGAAGCUGAAGGACCUGUUCGAAACGGUGGAACGGACGAGAAACAUAUCAAAUACAAAUAUGUCUGGGUCCUCUGGAAGACUGCUGGACUUGUCAUGCAGGUUUUCCAUGACCCAUCUCAUUUGCAAUGGAGGAUCUAGCAUGACAGAUUCCGCGAGAUCCCUAUCAUGCUUAUAUAUAAUCCUGCACGAGAAACUGCCUCUCCACUUGAUCAACAAAAGUGGACAGCAUUUAUUUUAUGGUAAUGAUGCAACACAGAUUUUUGUAUGAUUCAGAUUUAGCAUGACAAGUUGCAGAGUCCCAGUCCCAGACAUAUUUGCAAUGCAUAAAACACGCUGGACGACAAGAUUACCAGUUCAAAGAACCACGUGCUGGAAAAGCAGGACCAGGCGUCGAACCACUGGCAGGAGCAGCUACUCGUGCAGUCGAAGCGGUUCGAGGAGCGGCAGUACAAGCAGGAGCAGUACACGAAGCAGGAAUUCGACCACAUGAAGCAGAAAACGGACCGACAGAAUAUGACCCGCUCAAACGUUACAAUCUCAAACGUUACAGUAGAAUAUGAAAAUGUGCAGUGCAAGAGUGCAUGAUCUAGCCUACUCCCACAGGAUUGCGCAUGACAAGUUCUCGAGUCCCAAACCGCACUAGGAUCUGCCGAAAUUUGUAUUGCAUGCAGAAAGUGGAGGAGCGCUGGCGCUCUGCGAGUCUGUCAUGCGCGUCAUGCAAUACAAAAUCCAGAUUCUAUUGUAACGUUUGAGAUUGUAACACCUGACCGGGUUAUACAGAACUCCGAGUUCGACGAGGCGAUUGCUGGCGUGCAUCGGGCCAUCCUGGGGCUGUCGAAGGAUAAAAGUCUGAUCGGGGCGAACAUUGUGGUGCCACUACCCUUAUCCUGCCGUGCAAAAGGCGUGUCGGAAUUCUGGUUUGUUGUUGAAAGAGAACUACAGCGUGACAAACGUGUUAUUCGUCCACCGACCGGAUUCGGCAUGACAAAAUGUUUGUGUGUUGUUUUUGCUCCUCCGCCUAAAUAGAACUAGAAGUUGUCGUUCAAAAAUGAAAAUCGCUACUAGUAGAUAACGAUACAACUUUUGCAAUGAUCCAUAUCCUUCCUGGGACCAGAUGGACAGCGCGCGGAGCCGGCAGAGUUCAGAACUGCCUUACGGGCCAAAGAAGGGACUGCAACCCGACGCGCAACUACAACACGGAACCGGGGCGGCCACAAGCGGUGGCGGGGCGCAGCCGAGCUUCAUCAAGUCAAAUUUUCACAUUCCAGCGAUCGACAGCAGUCCGGCCAGCGAAGAUCUUCCGGACAAGGAGCGGGGAGGCAGGGGAGAGCAGCAGCAGUUUGGGCAGUUGCUGUACCCCGGUGGUAGUGGAGCAAGCGGGACGAACAACAACGCAGGCGGCGGCGUAUGCAUUGCAAAAGUAUCGUACUAGUAAGUGAAAUUGCAUUACAAAUUAGCUCAGCACGAUCAGAAAUGCAAUUUGUCAUGCUGAUCCAACUUAACAACUGGAAUUGUAAUGCAUAACUGCAAUUAGAAGUACGAGUGCGAUACUUUUGCACAGGAUACAGUGCGUCAAGUUCAAAUGGAUUUGGCGGGGGAGACACGUUGCAGCUCUCGAAUACCUAUCAAAUACAAAUAUGUCUGGCUCUGGAGAAAUGCAAAGUUUGUCAUGUAUGUUUCGCAUGCCCCAGCCCCAGGAGAAUGGCUGCUCAGCAUGAGAAGCAAUCCUCUCUCAGCGUCAUCUCCAAAAAUGAAAGGUUUUGCUGCUCACGCAUGACAGAUUUUUGUGUAGCUGAAAAAGAGCAUCACAAGUUUAUUGCACCUUUUCAGACAACAUCCAGGGAUAUUUGCACUGGAUCACACAUUUGAAAACUUGGAAAUUCCGCGCGACCAACUGUCCCCGUUUGGGACGGGCGGGAAGAACACGCCGCCGGACGAAGAAGCAGCUGGUGCCGGCGAAGGGAGCAGUAACACUGCCGACGGUGGAUUAAGUGGUGGUCCUCCAGCACCUUCAGCACCAGGUGCCGGGAAUAAUACGAAUUCUGGGACAACGAGCGUGGAAGCGGGAGCGAGUAGUGGCGGGAUGCUGACGCAGAAAUCCAGCAGCGCAAAUCCAGCGUCGCAGAACAAACAACUGCUCUUAGACCAGGACAGCGACCCGAGUUUGACCGACCUGAGCCACUACUUGCUAUCAACUGCAAAUAUGUCUGGGUCUGGAAAGACUGGAACUUGGAAUGCUGUCUUUCGAUUCUAAAAAAAUCUGCAUUGCAUGACCAGCAAGAGAAGUCGAGUGCGUGCUACGCGGAGAGGGUAUUUUUCAUGCGGAAUAGGCAUCAGGAAGCCCUCUCAAGAUCUGUGAUGCUAGGGCAUGCAUUACAGGCGUCGCGGGUCAUGCAAAGUAUGCAUGACAGACCUGGUAACCUUCCAGACCCAGACAUGUUUGCAUUUCAUACCUGCACGACUUCAACAACAAAAACGGGGACCCGCAGCCGCAGAAGAAAUCCACCAUCGCGCAGGAGGCGGGCGUAUCAAAUGUAAAAAUGUCUGAGUCUGGAAGAAUGCGCGAUUUGUCAUGCAGCUUUUCCAUGACCCAUGAGGUCUGGAAUGCAGGACUUAGCAUGACAGUUUCUGUGCAAUCUUUCUCAUGCCUAUCCUGCAUGAGAAACUGCCUCCCGACUUGGUCAAAACUGGACGGCUUUUGGCAAUCAUGCAACACAGAUUUUUGCAUGCUUCAGAUUUAGCAUGACAAGUUGCAUUCUUCCAGACCCAGACAUUUUUACAUUUGAUAGGGCGCCUUGGACCGGCCGUUGCGGCCCGAGGACGACGGGAAUACGCCAAACAACCGCGAGGAUUUUUUAGUGGAGAACGGGGACGGCAUACUGGACAAAAAGGAGGAUCCGCAGGAGGGCGCGCACGAGCGCCAGGCGCAGCUUUCCGGGGACGAGAACGUGAUAUUAUUAAACACUGCGCCUGCAGCUGCAUCCUCACAACAUCACCCAGAAAUAACCGCACCGGAUGGUGACCCUUCUGUGGAGAAAAACAACAGUUUGCAGGUCGUCUCGCUGCCGUCUUCUGGGUCGUCCGGAGAUCAUGGGAACACCGCCGCGGGGCAGCAAUCCACGUCGCAGAUCUUGGAGCAAUCCGCCGUGACGGAGCAAGAUGUUUCGCUUCUGACGGUGAAGAGCGCAAACUUGCCGGGUUUCGGGCCUUCCUCCCUCGACGGGCCCAUUCUGGAGGGCCAGCACGAGAACGCGCAGCCACUGAGCGCGCGGGCAGACGAAAAUACAGAUUCGGUGGUGGUGGCCGAGCCGGUUGAUGUAGAAGUUCUUGGGCAGAAGAACCGAAUAGAAGACGUCGCGCAGGCGCCGGAAGCAGCAGAUAAUCCUGGUCCAGUAACAAUACCACAGCCCGGCGGCGCAAGUAGCAGCUCUGUCGUGCCAGUACUAGGCGAAGAUGUUGCAGCCACCAAGACGGUCGAAGUAGAAGCAGGGGAAAGGAGCGAUCCCGCUCCAGCUGCAUCAGCGUCCUCAGCCGACGCAGUAAGCAAAGCGGAAGCUGCUGUGCCUUCUAGUACGAUAGCCAACGGUCUGGCUCAACUUCCACAUGAACAAGAAGCGGCGACGACGCCGAAGGAAAUUAUAGCGCGGGAACAACUACCCGGUGAAGUAGUAGAUCCUGCCGCCAAGACACCCCCGGGCGAAACCGCCUCUCCCGAUCUGCAGAACAACAGCCUGCAGGCGACGGACAAGAUGCUGCAGCCGUUGAUGUCACCCACGAACAACGCGGACCUCCAGCCGCACGGCGAGCCCCGCGGCUCCCCCGGCAGUGUGGAGGAAGACCACUUGCAGGAGAGUAACCCACUCGGCGCGCUGAUCAAACCCGGCGCGAUCUCGGCCUUGAUGCUGGGCAGCGAGAGCGAGGACGCCGUGACAUUGAGGGACAACGAUUUUUCUCCCUCCUCCCGCGGCAACGGCGGUGACACGGCCAGGGACGACCCCUUUCCCAACGAAGUAGUGACCACGGGUCCAGGCGGCAAUUCCAGCAGCUCCACCGGUGGGGAGGGGCGGCCGCCCGUCGCGCCCGGCGGGACGAACAAGCAGAGUACAACUUCUUCUGGUGGUGCCGGUGCCCCCCCAGCCCCACCGAUGGAACCCGUCGCAGAAGGGACAGACGAGAAGAGCCAGGGGGAGCCUCCAGCCUCAACAUCAGCACCGCCGGAGGAAACAGCGCCGCCGCCACCGGUAGAGGACGGUGUAGUAGUUGCAACGAAAGUAGAAAGUGAAAAUCCUCCGGCGGCAACCGCGCCUGCCGGUCCGCCGGCGGACGGCGAAACAAUAGCAGCGGAGGGCAAGAAGCCGUCCAAGGAAGAACCGUCACCCGGGGAAAGCAACGCAUCACCAGCAGCAGUUGACGCAAAAGCGCCUGACGGAUCCGCGAAAAAUACGUCGUCUAGUUGUACUGCAGCCCCGACGGGUGCCGUAAAAGGGAAAGCGGCGGAGGCUGCUCCGGCGGAGGAGCCGAGUGGUGCGAAAACGGAACAGGAACCCAGCAGCAGUACGAGUGCCAAAGUAGACCCAGCACCUGCUAGCGGCUCCAAGGACCACCAGGGCGCAGCUGCUAGUGCAGGAAAAAAAGACGCUACAGCUGGUGCGAGCAAGAAAGACACAACAGAUGCGGGUGAGAAAACUUCUCCCUCUCCUGCGCCCCCGGGUUCGAGUCCGCCGGAUUCCCCGACCUCGUCUUCCUCGGACAACUCUCCCGCGAGCUCGUCUCCGUCGGGAUCGGGGUCCGGAUCCUCCGACAGCUCUGAAUCAGAUUCGUCGCCAGCGUCGAAAAAAACCGGAAGCGAGGAGCCGGCAUCCCCGGCGGGGAAGAAGUAAGGGCGGUGGUGGAGGUGCUCUGUAGGUGGUGAAACCCUGGGUCAAUUAGUAGAACCAGGUUAAAACUAAAGAUUGUUGAUUCGAUAAUAUGCUUAGGCACAAAUAAACACCGUAAAAUAGUACUACAAUCCUAAUUCAUUGCAGUUCUUCCUCGAUUGAGGUCGACAAACACACAACGAAAAAGGUUAAACUUGAUGAUGCGUUAUUUCUGGUAUUUAUUUUCACUUCCUGGAUUUGGAUUCUGCAUUUGCUUUACACUCAACGAAACGUAAAAAUGGUGAGUCCUGUGAUAUCAGAUAGUCCCAAUAAGAUGAAAAACGGACGCGCAGUCUCAGUCACGUUUUGGGAACAAAUUUCACGAAGUCCGAGGUACACAAGACUUGUUAUCGCGCUAAGUUAAAGUUUGCACUGGAACAUCUGAAGGUAUACGCACUGUUUUUUAUGACUUACAUCAGAUCGAGAUCGACGGGGACGUGCUGUUACAGAGGCUUGGUCUGAAGCGAAAUAAACAAGGGACAGCGGAUUCGGAUUUCUCAGUGCAGAUUGCAAGAACUCCUUCGUACAACUAUGAAGCCUUGCUGCAUACUUACAGGAGAUAAGUUCAGG